AUGGACGCCGUCGCGUUCCCGCCGCCUCCGGCCCCUUUCCUCGACGACGACUUCGAUUUCGGCGACUUCGCUUUCGCCCCUGCUGCGCCCCAGCCUGCACCUCUGGCUCCGCAGCCGGCUACUUUUGCGGCCUUCGACGACGACUGGGGCGACUUUGUGGCGAGCUCCCUCGGAUUCAGCCCGGAUGGCCUGUCCGCACCCGCCAUCCCGCCUACGGGCAAGCCAGCCGCCGGCGCCUGGGAGAAGCCCCGGGGCCCGCUCCCCUUAUCCCUGUUUGGAGCCGAUGGCAAGGAGGAGGAGGAGGAGAAGGAUGAAGUGCCUGUCGGGCCGCCGCCGCCCACGUCCACGGUGCACCAGCGGGCACCGUCGUUCGGAUCCAAAGCCUCGAGCCCCGCGGAUCUCAAGGACCUCAUCGUCGGCCUCUACGGAUCUCAGCCUCCGCCCACCCCCGACGCACCACAGCCGGGUGCGCUGGAGGAGGUGGACGAUGACGGGUUUGGAGAUGACGGUUGGGAAUUCAAGGCUGCCCCCUCGUCUGAUGCCGGCCAGGAUGGAGCCGGACAAGCGGACGGAGGUGGAAUUGAGGGUAUGCCAAAAUCAUUGGGCAGCGACCAGAAAGAUUGGUCACUAUUUACUGGUGUCAAUAAUGAACUGAACCUCCAGACUACAGAUCAUGUCAGAAAUCAUGAGUCCACAGGACAAAGUGUGAAGACCUUCAGCUAUUCUCCAGAUAAUAGUUCAUCCAUACUCAACUUGUACAAAGAAUCUAAAUUUGUCGAUGCUGUUCAAGUUCCUCAAAGUUGUUCCGAAAGUGUAGUCAGCUCUUCUGAUAUGUUCUCUAACAAUGAAGUGAACUCUUCGUUUGGAACAGAUGAAAACCAUUCCAUUAAAUCAGGAAGCGACAAUAUUUUGGUUGAUUUCUACCAUAAGCUGAGAGAAGAAUCCAUGGCAAUGAUAUUCCGGUAUAAUAAGGAUAUUAAGGAGGCCCAGAAGAGUUCUGCACAUUCUGAUGGAAACAAAAAAGAGACAGCAAUCGAAAGGGAGAUCCAGGAAAUCUGGGAGAAACUACGAGAUUCUUCGCUGGCAGAAGGAUUUCGCAUUGAGGAACAGCCUUUGAGGGAUGAGAGUAUUUCUGGACUGCUUAACAGUACCAAAGAGGAACACAUAAAGGAUUUUGAGCAGCACUAUCAUUUAGCAGAGAAAAUAGCACUGGCACAGCAUGACAUGAGUUUGGCAGUUGAACUUUACAAGCAUAGUGUGUCAACCCUACAUACCUUAGGACUAGCAUCCAAAGAGGAGCAAUGCGAUUAUGUCGCCGCAUGGUACAGUAUGUUUCUUUCCUGUGCUCAGGAAUUGCAGCAUGGAGCAGUGCUUUGGCAAGAAUCUUGUCAUGCGAAAGUCCAUGAUCUAGUAGUUUCUGAAGGUGCAAAUUGGUUUGUUGCUCUUGGGGAGAUCUACAGAGUUGCACACCUCUUGCAUUUGUCAUUGCAGUAUUUCAAGCCUUGGGUUCUUGCGGAUCCCGGGAUGUUUAGUAAAAUGUUGGCUUGUUGGGACAGCUGCAUUAAUGCAUGGACUAGUGGUUUAGAAACAGCUCUUAAAACAGUUGUUGACAGCAAUCACUUAGCUGCACCCGCUGGUAAAGCUCUUCUGGAGUCCAUCAUCAGUAUUAAUGAACUUGAAGUGGCCAAUUUUCAACAUUUUCUUGCCAACAACGAGUUGACAUGCCGACUAACACUUCUGCCAACUGGUCUUCUACAAGAGGGGAAGUGGUUGUGUGGAACGGUAAUCACUAUUUUGUUAAAGUUGCCAAUUUUUGGGCAAAUCGGGUAUCUUCGGACCCUCCUCGGCUUUCACUCGUUCACAUCUCUUCAAUGGACAGUACAAGCAAUAGCUGCCUGCCUUGUUGAGUAA